AUGAGUCAAUCAAGGAAGGUAAUUAUCGAUCUGGAUGUCGGUACCGAUGAUGCAUGGGCACUGUGGAUGCUGCUGAAGGGUGAAAAAUUGUCCGGCUACGAGGUGAUCGGAAUCACGUGUGUGAACGGUAACACAACCCUGGAUAACGUGGUGGAAAACACGCUGACCUUACUGACUGCGAUGGGUCGAACGGAUGUGCCGGUAUUCCGGGGUGCCCAGGAACCACUGAUACUUCCGGCAAAGAAGAAAGACGUUAGUAACUUUCACGGAGUAAACGGGCUCGGCGAUAUUCAGUUCGGGCUCGAGAUCAACCGGACACCGUUGCAGCAGGAACAUGCAGUUGAUGCACUGAAACGCUUGGUUACGCUACACAAAGGACAAGUCGAUCUUAUCUUCAUCGGUCCGCUUACAAAUCUGGCGCUCGCUAUGAAGCUUCAUCCUGGGCUCCUGAAGAUGGUUAAUCAUCUCUACAUUAUGGGUGGCAAUCGGCAUGGUGUAGGCAACGUAACGUGGUCGGCUGAGUUUAACUUCCACACCGAUCCCGAAGCAGCACAAAUCGUUCUUCACAAAGAAUACUGCCCGGUCACGAUCGUACCGUGGGAAACUUGCCAAAAACACGGGAUUCCCAUGCAGUGGCGCAUGGAAGUGCUCGGCAAAAAUGAAACACAUCCCGUACUGCGCAUACUGAAUGCAGUCGAGCAAAAGUUGUACAGUAAACGGACGCAUUGGAUGCCAUGCGAUGCAUAUCUGGUAGCCGCGUACAUAGUGCCAGCCUGUGUGGAGAAGGCACAACAGUACUCGGUAGAUGUGGAGCUUCACGGUGCGCUGACUCGUGGUCAGAUGAUAUUGAAUCACCAUCAGCAGGGAGCGGGCCACGUGAAUAUCAUUGACGAUAUUAACGAGGCACAGUUUAAGGACCUGUGCUUGAAAACGGUAGCAUAA